AUGGACUUUUGUUGUUUCAGAAAAACGGCGCUUGACUUUGACACUGAAAAAGCGCAAGCCAUGGGGUACAUCAAGUCCCCGUACGCACAAACACUAGUCGCUGGUUUCAAUGUGUGGCAAUUUGAUGAUGAAGAGGAUCCAGUAAUCAAAAAACGAGAGAAACCGAGGGUUCUACAGACUAUUACCAAUAUCGAGGAUAAAGAACAAGGUAAGGAAUGGGCUAAAAAUAUUGCAAAAAAAUGUUUUUUGGAAAGGAUAUUACGGGAACUCAACUUUAAUUUUGGGCAUAUGUUUACAUCCGGUGCCCCACAUUUAUAUGUGGGUGUACAGAUGCUAUUGAUAAUCGAAAAAUUGAGGUGAAAAUUGUUGAAUUGGCAGGUGAAUAACAACAUUUCUGACAUUAAUAGCAACAUUUACAUUUAUAGGAGUUCAAGCGUGCAAGUUACUUUUAAUUUUGGAAAUUGAGAAAACAUUUCCUAAAGCAAUUUAAAAAUUUGAUGUCAGAGAUAAAAGUAUCGCCCCGAAGAUGGAUGGAAUUCAAAUAUUCUAGCUAAUCGAGUUCGAUUUCCCCGCAAAACACGGGAAUUCGAAAAAAGAGCAUUGAAAAUUAAUGCCCGAACCACCGUUCCCCCCCAUCGUUCGAAACCGUUCCCGCCUCUUCGGAGACACUUUCUGACACUUGGAAAGUGUUUUGACUCCCUGGAAAAGGCGUUUUUUUCCGACCCCAAAGGAAUUUGCAAGGAGUUCGAAACGUGAGACAAGAAAAAAAAAGUUUUUUGACGGUAUUAAAACGCAUAUGGCCAUAGGGCAAUCAAAUAAGCACGCCCAAGAUUGAAUCCGAUAAAUGUUUUGGGACGAACAUGAGCAAACGGCGGAAUGGAUUGUUUGAGAUUAGAUAAAACAUCUUCGAAAAGCAAAGGGAGCUUCAAGACAUCACCUAAAAGAAUUGGCUUCAACCUGCAUGGGUGUGGUCUUGAAUUCAAAAAAUUUGAAAAAAAUUUAAAAUCGCGAACUAUAAGGCGUGGGCAAAGAAUGAAACAUAACGCUGGUUUGAUUGGGGAGCGGCAGGAAGCAGGUUUGGUAAUUCAAACCAUCUAUUGAUAGAAAUUUUAUGCGAAAAUAAAAGUGCAGAGGGCACAACACAGAGUAGGAAGUUUUGAGCGAACUUGGCGCCCUUUGGAACGUAAUUGGACUGUGAAAUUUUCGCGAAGAAGUUCCACAAGUGAGAUUUUUUCAACAAGAAGUUUGUAAAGACUGUCUAGUGUAUCCCAGAUUCUAGCAAUCGUGAUGACGCUACUAAUACCGUGUAAAAGGACGUUUUUGUCACCCCCAUUUUCGUUGAUUGGCUUGAUUAACAAGCGCCAGAUUUUCCUGUUUUGAAUGAGAGAAAUUGCAGGCCAUUGCACGCGGAAAUUCCCGUUUCCCCCUUAAACGUUAUUAAAUUAAGGCCGCAUCUGCGAACAACACACUCAAAAUGGACCAGAGAAAGGAUAGGUCAAGGGUUUACGGAGAGGACCCAAACUCGCCAAAACAUAGUUAAAAGGCUCUUGCAGCGAUUUCGUGGAAUUCAAAUUCUCUGAAAAUAGUAUCAGCCGGGAAGCGGAAGAUGAGCAUAAAGUUGCUUCAGAUUGAUGAAUUUGCUGUUGCGUGAAAGGGGAAAUGGGAUAAGUACAGGGUGGGGCAUCUUUGUGGCCCGAUUUGAAUUGACUAUAACUUCUUUAGUUUUUGGCCAAAUUUUUAAAUUCUUUUUUUCCCUGAAUCGUCAGCCAACCCCAUUUUGUUUGAUACCAAAUAUGCUAUACAUAGUAAGUGUAUAUCUACAGUUAUUGGAUUUAUUCUUGGAGUUCAUUUUUUCGGUCGUUUUUCGGUUGUUUUUUCGGUCUUUCCCGGUGUGUCCAGAAAUGGAGUACGGUGCGGAAGAAAAUACGGCGGAAUUUACCCUCCCGAAAAUCGACGAUGAGAAUAAGAACAAAAAGUGAAGAUCAACCUCCAGAGUUCGUCGAAUGGUCCUUGCUGAAGGCAUUCCCUCGGUUCUGGCCAAACUUCGUGUACUCAUAUGCGGAUUUUCUCGGAAUUUUGACAAAACUUCUUAAAUUUUCAGCUCCGUUCGUACUCAUCUAUCCUGCUUUUUUUGUUUCCUGUUAACGCUGCCAGUCUCAAGAAACUUAUUCCACGAACGUCGAAUUGUCUUGCGAUCUGGAGGUUAGGCAUUACGUCCGUAUUUUAUGCGGUAUCCCCGUUUGAAAAUUUGCGUUUGCGAUAUAGCAAACGUACUUGCUAUACCAAACCACAGACCAAGCCUUUUCUUCCACACCGGACUCCAUUUUCGGACACACCGGGAAAGACCGAAAAAACAACCGAAAAACGACCGAAAAAAUGAACUCUAAGAAUAAAUCCAAUAACUGUAGACAUACACUUACUAUGUAUAACAUAUUUGGUAUCAAACAAAAUGGAGUUGGCUGACGAUUCAGGGAAAAAAAGAAUUUUAAAAUUUGGCCAAAAACUAAAGAAGUUAUAGUCAAUUCAAAUCGGGCCACAAAGAUGCCCCACCCUGUAGAAACUACAGAAUUAGGGAUGGAAAUUACAAUAUGGUUUGGAUGGUAAAAGUGGCAUUUUUGGAGUCAUUUUGCUAAUAAAAUUGAUGGACUAGCUAGCCCGAAAGGUAAUUUGUGAAAGCCUUUGAAAUUAUUAAAAGUUCAAGCGAACAAAAAAGUAGAUGGAGAUAUUGAGGUGGCCUCAAAUUUGAUGUUAAAAGAUAUCACAGAAGCGUAAAAAAGAUGUUGAUUUUUAUGAGAAAAGAUGAUAGCUUAUCGAUGAGCUUCUCUAUUCCAAAAUCAACGGUUUUUUGCGCCUCUGUGAAACCUUUUUAUAUCAAAUUCUAAGUCUCUUUGACUUCACAUAUGACCUUUUUGUCGACUAUAACAAGCCGAUGGGCAAGAUAUAGCCGGUAGAGCGUUUUUAGGGGUAAUUUAUCAGGGUCAAAAAUAAAAGCCACCUGAUUCUGGAUGAAUUAAAAAGUUUACAACUUCCUUGUUUCUAAUCUCACCCAGGAUUUUACCAGAUUAAGCCUUUUAAAAUAGCGAAGGCGGAUUUACACGUAAGAGGCUGACACAAGAUCCUCAACUCGACGGAAAGAAAAGAACGCGCAGUUUAGUUAUUAAAAACGAUGUAAUAUUUGCAAGCGUCUCCUAUUCAGAGGUUCAGACGUCUCAACUGUACGAAUAACAAACAAAGUUUCUCUAAAUUUAGAGGUUAGAGACUCAAUAAGGUCGAAGGAAAAUGAUGCUGGAAAAAGAAAGCAUAUGGUAGUUGAAGCAAUGCCAAAAAUGAAGUCAAAAUAGGCGACAAAUAGUAGGCGGAACGACCAAUAAAACAAAGUGUGGUUGUCACUUUGCAAGGGAUUACAACGCAAAGACCGGGGAAAUAAAUGUUUGAGUACGAAGACGAGGCAGAACCGAUUGUCGUAAAAGGACUAAAUAAGAACGUAUGAUGGAAACUAUAGGAAUUAAAAGGGCAGUAAGUUGCCUCAAGGGCAUAACAUUCUAGUGGCAUGACGAAGGUAAAUUCCGUUAGUUUAGAGGGUAACUGUUCCACUAAUUACAGUGAAGGGCCUGAUCCAGUGGCAAAAAACUUACCAUUUUACAUCCGGGAAGUAACAAAAAUAUGGCAAAAUGCCUCCCUCUCCAACUAAAAAAACUCCGGUUUGAAAGGCGCGCCUUUUUUCCCUACAAAAAGAGCGGGCUUUUGAAAUCGGAGUUUUUUCUCUUGGAGAGGGAGGUAUUUUGCUAUAUUUUUUGAUACUUCCUGGAUGCAAAAUGGUACGUUUUUUGCCACUGGAUCAGGUCCCCCACUGUUAGUGUUUUUGUUGGGUUAAAUGCUCGAGUUUGUUGUACCAGUAAGAACGUCAUGCCGUAUUAUAAAUUCUUGCAAAACGCCUUGUUUACCGACACAGCUCCAAAUGCACUUACUUGGACAUUGUUUUGGGAAAUGAUUUCGGCAAAGAAGUAAAUAUUUGGAAAUAUUUAUGACAUUUCAGGUGCAGAAAAUCUUAAUCUAAUAGGCCUUGGUGAACAAGGCAUAAUUGACAAUUAUCCAGAGUAAAGUGGGUUAUGUAAACGAGCAAAAACUGAAGUCUUUUGUCACAUGCUGAAAUAUCUGAUACUGUAAAAAUAGGAUUAGUAUUAAAAAUUAUCGAGUUGUGAUUCAGCUUUUCUUAAAAUUUAAUGGGGUGAAGUUAGCUCCAUUCAUCAAAAAUUUGAAUCAAAAUUUACAAUGUUAUUUUCAAGUUUCAAGAUCUGGGCUUCGUACUUGGGUCACUACUCUAAAUUCCCCAAAAAACGCUUGGAAAUACUGUAGCUCUAUUUUAUAACAAACUGCAUACAAUUAGUUGAAAAAACUAUGACAGAACGCCAAAUUGUUUAUAAAAGAUCUCCAUAGAUUAACUUCACUACUCCACAUCAUUGUUGGAAACAUAAAACGCUUUGUUUAGGAACUUAUCCACCAGCCAAACCCGGAAAAUUCUAAAAAAAUGCCAAGGCGAUUAUCCUGCAGUCCCUCUUAUGAAGAGCCCUUUUCGAAAUUACUGUGAACUUCACCCUUUUUAACACCAUCCCAAAAGAUGGCACGAUAGUUGGACGACUGAACGGCUUUUGUUUAUUCAAGGACGCCUCGGGCAGUUUGUGGACAUAAUUUACAAAUAGCCAGAGAUUUAAGUUCUUACGAAGUUUGGCGAGAUUCAAGGGCGAUGUUCGUAUGAAAUAAUAGAAGGUUGAAGACAGAGGAUAUUAUUUUAUAGUAUGUUGAUGGACAGAGAAGCGGGGGAUGGCAAAUAUUCGGGUUCAUAGGGGCAUUAAGGGUCGGAGAACAUGGCAUAAUGAAAAUGAAGAGCAAAGGUUGUAUAAGUUUGUGAUUUUUAGUCAAAAAUAAAAGAAAAAUGUUAGUAGGAAAGCGAAGAAAUUUCUCUCUGAAAAGUUGCAAUUGUUGCAGAUUUUUGAUUUUUGUAAAACCCCGCUAAAACAAAAAAUUUCGCCCUUUCUAAUCAAAAAGUCAUAAUGAUAAAAAUUGUCAAUAAAAACAUUGCUUUCAGAUCUGUUCCCUUGCCGUGACAAGAACAUGAUUAUUGGCCCGAUUUCAACCCAAAAACCGAUCGAAAUCAACCAAUUGUCGGCUCGAUUCAACGCGACUUCAAUUAUGUCCAGAUUCCAAGAUGCUCCAGAAUUUGUUCCCGGCCGAUCUCUUCACACUUCCCAUGCGAACCUGGAUGACUCUCGAAGAUUGACCCCCGAACCACAAUCAACCCAGAAAAAAGACGUUAGUAUCGAAAAGUCGGCCUCAAAUAAGAGUCUGAAUGUGGAAACGGAGAAUCAGAAACCCUCAGCAGAUCGAUUGCCGAACAUGUCGUUCGAUGAGUUGCGAAUUUUGGCUGCCGAAAUGAGGAAACAAAAGGAAAAAAGUGCCGAAGCGGAAGAAGGCAAGGAUGAAAAUAAAGAAGAACUGAAGGAAAAGGAAGAAAAAGACAGCUGA